UAGAGCUACUAUAUAUAGAAUAUUAUGUAUAUUUGAAAAAUGGGAAUGUGUUAAAAAUCUCUAUAAAAGUCAACCCGGAUGUAAAAAAUCUUUUACUCGCCAAGAUAUAGAUCAGCUAAAGCGUAUAAUUAAAGAAAAG